UGUAUUGAGAUAAGAAAACAGUCGAUAUUCAAUUCUGAGACGGAUCUGACACAAUUUUGUGCCAUUGAAAGUUAUUUUUGCCUGUAAAAUUUUGUGAUAUCUCAUCAAGUGUUUGUUUCUGUUGUUUUACGAAGCGGAAAAUCCACUGUCACGCCAGUUUAUCAGUGUGUAAGUGCCGAAAACUACCAAAACGGCUACCGAAAACUUAAACUCGAAAGACCAACCAAAUUACAACACCAUGUAUCAGAAUCAAGGCGGGUAUCCGCAGCAAGGUGGAUACCCGCAGGGCGGUUACCCACAGGGAGGAUACCCACCCCCACAGGGUGGAUACCCUCAGGGCGGUUACCCACCGGGGGGAUACCCACCGGGUGGAUACCCACAGCAAGGCGGGUAUCCUCCCCCGCAGCCAGGGUACGGCGCAGGAUAUGGCGAGCCAGCAGGAUACGCGCCUCCGGGGGGGAGUCUGGGCGAAGAUGGAGAGGUUAAAGGCUUCGACUUCACCGAACAGUCCAUACGCAGAUCUUUUAUCCGCAAGGUGUACGCGAUCCUCAUGUGUCAGCUACUCGUGACGAUGUCGUUCAUCGCGCUGUUCCUGUUCCACGCGCCCACCAGGACCUGGGCGCAGCGUAAUACUUAUCUCUUCUGGAUAGCUCUGGUGGUGGUGUUUGUCUGCCUGAUCGUGAUGGCGUGUUGUCACGACGUGCGGCGGAAGGCGCCGCUGAACUUCAUCUUCCUCGGGUUAUUCACUGUCGCUGAAAGCUUCUUACUCGGUCUCACUUCUAGCGUUUAUCAAGUUGAUGCGGUAAUGAUGGCAGUGGGUAUAACGGCAGCAGUUUGCCUCGCGUUGACACUGUUCGCGUUCCAGACGAAAUGGGACUUCACCGUCAUGGGCGGCUUCUUGCUCUGCGCCACUGUCGUACUACUCGUGUUUGGUAUCGUCUGCAUAUUCAUUCCCGGCAACAAAAUAGUGACACUAGUGUACGCGUCUAUCGGAGCCCUCAUAUUCUCCCUGUACCUCGUGUACGACACACAGCUCAUGAUGGGUGGAAAACACAAGUACAGCAUCUCCCCUGAAGAAUAUAUCUUCGCUGCUCUCAACUUGUAUCUGGAUAUUAUCAACAUCUUCCUGUACAUUUUAACUAUUAUUGGAGCCGCUAGGGACUAGGACAGAGAUUAGGGCCUCGGUUUUGAGUGUUUUUAAAUAUGUUUUUUGCUAAGUUAUACUAUGACAUGGAAUGUUUAGUGUAGUCACUAAGUGUCAGUGACACUAGUGUAGUCACUAUUGGACUUUGGUGACUCUAGUGUGGUCACUAAGUGUCUAUAGUUACAACAGUGUAGUCACUAUUUGUCUUAAGUGACACUAAAUUUUCUGAAAUUGUAGUGUCAGUUUUGUGUCGUAGUGUAAACUUAGUUUUUGAUGUCGAAUCGUAUUUUUGGUGUUUGCAUAAAAAAUAAUUACUCUAAAACUAUGAGCAACGAUUUUCUUUUUGCUCGUGAAAUAUUACAAAAAUAUGUAAAUGUGGCUUAACUCUUUUUUUUUUGUGAUAGAGUACAAGUUAGGUUAGUGUUGUGGGUUUUAGCACAUCUGUGUGUUUUUUCUCGUAACUGGAGGGGAUCCGAUGGCAUCCGAAGUUUCACGGAAAUUACCGAAUGAGCAGACAUAUAAAAUAGGUUAAGGUAGUGAUGUUAACUUUGAUUUUCUUUCUCGUAUAAAAAAUACAUCAAACUUUAAACUUUAUGUGAACACCAAAAUCUAGCUUCUCAAUAAAAUUAAACAUUUAUUCCAAAUACAAUUCGGACACUACUUAUUCCAAUGAUGGAAAUAUUCCAAAUUUUCUUGUAAUUUGUAAUUCUCGACUUUAUUUGCUAAUGUUUAUAUGUGAUGUGAUCGAUAUUUUUGCAUUUACUUUGGUAAGGACCGAAGCCCUUUGAAAAAUAUUAAUAAUGACGUGAUCCGUAUAACAGGGGCUUAUACAAAUAAUAAAAAAAGUCAUAAAAAUAAUAAUGAAUACACAAAUUAUAUUAUCAUUGUUAUGCCUGAUUAUAUCAAAUUGCAUUGACCAAACUUAAACCCCUUUUCAAAUUAUAAUUUAGUUACCAUAAACAUGUUAUUAUUUUUCACCUACCAACUACCACCAAACACAAAUAGGGGUAUGAGUUCGUUUGCACCUGCUUAUUAUUUUUCACAUAGCAAAUAAUGCUUGAAAUUUAAAAUAUUUACAUCCAUAAGUCCCUGUUAAGGUUGGAGAUUAUAAGCAGGAACGGAUCAUGUCGAUUUAAAAGAUAAAAAACAGAUUACCUAAAACAAUACUUAUCUCACUAGAAUAGGUGAAUAGACUAGGUCGCCUUUGCACUGUAAUCAGUCCAAAUAAAAAAGUUAUAAUCUACUUAAUUGUAUGUAAUUGGCUGUUGGAAAAUUUUGCGCAACUUUUGUGCAAAAAUAUGCUUUGCGCAACUAGUUUAUUGUAAUACUAUAUUUUUAUAAAAUAAUUACGAAUAAUUGCUUUAAAAGUUUAUUUCAAUAUAAUAAAGAAUAUCGUUAAAAUUUAAAAAUACUACAGUUGCGCAAUAUUUUUCUUUAUCUUUGGGCUCGCAAUUAGCAUUGUCAUUGUAUCUCUGUUCACAAAAGGUUUUAUUCAAUAAAAAUCACAUCUAUGUGCACAAAGGUGACUUCAAAUCCAUAGAUUUAAUAAAAAAAAGCUGGCCUGUAUUUAUGGUAAUAAACAGUAUUGUGAUAUAAGUAUAUAAACACUCUUUUCUCACACCAGGCUUUUUGGCAUAUUUUAUGUAUUACAAUUUUUCUUCAUUCAUUUCAAUAGAAAGUACCAAAAAAUUACGUAUUUUUAGUACCUACUGGCUUUCUUUCAUCACUGAUUACCACCAUGGUUUAUACAUACAAACUUAAGAACUAAUUAAAUAAUUUAUAUUACUAUAUAAAGUUAGAGUUUAUGUUAAGGUUUUUGUUAUUUUCCUUUAUUAAUUAAAUGUAAAAUAUUAAUAGUUUU